AUGUCGAAUAUGAAGGCUGAUGGUGAUGGCGGUGAUAAUAGCAGUAAAGGGUCAUCUGUGUCAGCAUCGCCAUCACCGCCUGUAACAUCCUCUUCGUUACUUUCUUCGAGGCAACAAUCAACUAUUGUUAAUGUAAUACCGCCACCAGCAUCCAAUGAUGAUACACAACGAGCACCUCUUGCGGAACCUGAACAAACCGAGCAUCAUAACCUGAAACAUCGUGGAAGCAUCUGGGAUACUUAUGUUGAAAUGAGUGAUGUUACUGAGCGGAAACGAAGAAUGACCCGUCACUUCGACAGUAUGGAUCAGGCACAACAUCUGGCUGAUCUUGCUCCUGGCGCACGAGUUAUGUUUCUACUAAAAGAACAAGUUGAGUUACCAGCAUUAUUUACGGAGAUGGGUGAAUUAACCCGUUCCGGAACGAUUGAAGAAUGGCGUGAAACAGCCCGAUGGGUGAAAUUCGAAGAAGAUGUCGAGGAAGGUGGCAAUCGUUGGUCAAAGCCGCAUGUUGCUACUCUCUCAUUGCAUGCGCUUUUCCAACUACGCUCUUGCUUGAUGAACGGUGUUAUCAUCAUGGAUUCUGAAGCGAAAGAAUUUUCAGAACUCAUUGAAGAGGUUUUGGAACAUUUAGUGGCAUCAGGGCAGCUAGAAGAGACGGAAGUUGAUGAAGUUCGUAAUGUACUUUCAAAGAGGCAUACUCAUCAGUAUGAACAGGCGCGUGGAGCAGGAAAUGGUAAUGGCUCUUCUCAAAGUGGUUUCUUGAAUGCAGUGCGCUCGAUAUCUGAUAUCGGCAAAACAUUUUCACAUGGACGGAAUCUGGGAAAGUUGCAGGAGGAAACGAUAAACGAAGGAACUGAAACAUCGUCAAAAACGCCAAAUUUGAAACUACCGGAAGUUGGAUCAGCGCCGAAAGAGAUAACACGUGAGGGUUCUCAUGCCGAUGUAAAAGGAAAUCUUCAUUUCAUGAAAAAAUUACCGUCUGGGGCGGAAGCAUCAAAUGUACUAAUCGGUGAAGUGGACUUCCUAACUCGAUAUAUCACUGCUUUUGUUCGAUUGAAAAAUGCGGCAACUCUUGGCGAUCUCACUGAAGUGCCGGUUCCAACACGAUUUUUUUUUGUCUUGUUAGGUCCUACUGGUAAUGUUGCACAGUAUCGAGAAAUCGGACGUGCAAUUGCUACGCUUAUGUCUGACGAGAUAUUCCAUGACGUAGCGUAUAAAGCUCGGAAUAGUGAUGAUCUUUUGGAUGGUAUUGACGAAUUUUUAGAUCAGGUUACAGUAUUGCCACCUGGUGAGUGGGAUCCAAAUAUCAGAAUUGAGCCACCAAAUAAAGUGCCAUCACAGGAUAAACGAAAGCAUGGUGAUGAAUUAUUGCUUACUAAAGUUCCUGCUCCGAAAAAAGAAGUGGAGGAGGAAGAUUCUCAUGCUAACGAUCCGGCCUUAAAGCGAACUGGUCACUUGUUUGGUGGUUUAAUAUUGGAUAUAAAGCGCAAGUAUCCUUGGUACUUAUCCGAUUUUACCGAUUCAUUAAAUCUACAGUGUGUCGCUACAUUCUGUUUCAUGUAUUUUGCAUUGCUUGCACCUAUUGUUACCUUUGGAGGACUGCUGGAAGAAGCAACACAUCAAAGAAUGGCAGCAAUGGAAAAUUUAUUUGGUGGUGCAAUCUGCGGUGUUAUCUAUCAUUUGUUCAGUGGUCAACCUCUUACAAUAAUUGGUUCCACAGGACCAGUUCUAGUAUUUGAGACGAUCGUGUUCGAUUUAUGUGCUAGUUUGAAUCUUGACUACCUCUCAUUUCGUUUCUGGAUUCAUGUUUGGACUGCCUUCAUCUUAUUCGUAAUGGUGAUUACGGAUGCUAGCGCUUUGGUAUCAUAUAUAACGCGCUUUACGGAAGAAUCAUUUGCAACUUUAAUAGCUGUUAUUUUUAUAUAUGAAGCAAUAAUGAAACUUGUCAAGAUCAGAACACAGCUAGAUAUAGUUGAGUAUAACAAGACGAAUCCGCAUGCGAUUUGUCGCUGUGUUGGUAAGGAUGUUUCUAUAGUGAAAGCUCUAGGUGUCAUCGAGAAAAACAAUUGGAAAGAUAUCGUUCAUAAUAAUACUUUCAUCGAUUAUUCUCAGGUUGGUUUUGAUCGAUGUAGAAGGUUGUAUGGUACAUUGGAAGGGGAUGGGUGUUUCAUACUUUAUGAUAAAUUUUUAAUGUCACUGGUACUAAUGUUGGGCACAUUUACAUUAGCAACUAUGUUCAAGAGAAUGAGGAACACGUGUUAUUUCCCAUCACGAGUUCGACAAAUUUUCAGUGAUUUUGCAGUAAUGAUUGCUAUUAUUAUAAUGACUUCUGUUGAUAUGUAUGUUGGUAUCAGCACUCCCAAACUUAAUGUCCCUUCCACUUUCCGACCUACGUGGGAAGGGCGUGGUUGGUAUGUACCACCUUUUAAUGGUAAUCCAUUUUGGACGGUAAUUGUCUCUUUUAUACCAGCAAUACUUGCAUGUAUUCUGAUUUUCAUGGAUCAACAAAUUACUACUGUUAUCGUGAAUCGUAAGGAAAACAAGUUAAAGAAGGGUUACGGUUACCAUUUGGAUUUAUGUGUUUUAGCAUUUCUUAUCCUCGUGGUUGGCACACUUGGAUUGCCCAUAUAUGUGGCAGCGACGGUACUUUCAAUAAAUCACGUUAAUUCAUUGAAGCUGGAAUCGGAAUCUAGAGCUCCGGGUGAAGUUGCUCAGUUUAUUGGUGUUCGAGAACAGCGAGUAACUGGUAUCAUUACUUUCAUAUUUAUUGGCUCUUCAGUACUAAUGACGGGUGUGUUGAGCCAUAUACCAAUGCCUGUAUUAUAUGGUGUGUUCUUAUACAUGGGUAUCGCUGCGCUUGGAGGCAUACAACUCUUCGAUAGAAUUCUUCUCUUACUAAUGCCAAUGAAAUACCAGCCAGAUACAAUUUACAUUCGACAUGUGCCAAUAUCUGUGAUUCAUAAGUUCACAUUCUGCCAGGUAGCCUGUCUUGCAGUUUUGUGGACCGUCAAAUCUAUCAAGCGAACUUCUAUUGCUUUUCCAAUUAUGUUGGUGGUUAUGGUUGCUGUUCGCAAGAUUAUGGAAAAAUUCUUCACGGAGAAAGAUUUGCGUUAUCUGGACGAUAAGAUGCCUGAUUUCCAUUUGAGAAAGAAGGAGGAUAUGAAGAGAAAGAAAAGUGUAGUGGAAGAAUUCGACAUAGAUCUGGAAGAGAAUCAAGGUACGAUACAUGCAGUGAAGACAGAAGCACAUUUGCAUAUUCCAACAGCAAGUGGGGAAAUAAUCAAGAUUCCUCUAGCAGCAAUUCAAGAGCCUUCGCAUAAUAUCCACAAUAUGAAUAUUUCGAAUGAAGUAAACAGAACUGGAAUGUGGAAGCAUAUCACUUUGGGAGCGAAUCAGUUGUCUUCCACAACAGCUGCAUCAACGCCUGAUGUGAAGAUUCCAGAUGAUAAUGAAGAGGAUGAUGAUGCAAUAAUUAUACGGGUCACUAAACCAGAAUCAGCAAACGCCAAUGUACAAUCGAAUAACGAGGAAACGCCACUGUUGGAUAAUCAGAAGUCGGAAACUAAAGUAUAG